UUUUUUUUUUUUGGGUGGCGUUUAUGUAAUUUUAUUUCAAAAAAAAAAUAAAAAUCCAUCCAUCCUCUCUCUCUCUCCUUUCCGUCCAUUUCUUGUUCGGCACUCAAUUUCCCUAGGACACUAAGACUCUAAGCCCCUCCGCUCUGGUUUCACCCCCGUUGGGAAUUCCGAUUGCUGCUGCUACCUUGCGUUGUUUCUCUUCCCUCAACUCUCUCAAUUUAACAAAUAAUACCGGAGAUGGCGUCGGCUAUGGUCGAAGACAGUAGCUUCGAGGAUGAUCAGCUGGCUUCGAUGACCACAGACGACAUCGUCAGAGCUUCUCGCCUUCUCGACAACGAGAUUCGAAUUCUCAAGGAGGAGUUGCAGAGAACGAAUCUAGAGUUGGAUUCAUUCAAGGAGAAGAUAAAGGAGAACCAAGAGAAGAUCAAGCUAAACAAGCAACUUCCUUACUUGGUCGGCAACAUCGUUGAGAUUUUGGAAAUGAACCCUGAGGAUGAGGCCGAGGAGGAUGGUGCCAAUGUUGAUCUUGACUCACAAAGAAAGGGGAAAUGUGUUGUAUUAAAAACAUCUACACGCCAGACAAUCUUUCUACCCGUUGUUGGACUUGUUGACCCUGAUAAGUUAAAGCCUGGUGAUUUGGUUGGCGUGAACAAGGAUAGUUACUUGAUCUUGGAUACUCUGCCAUCAGAGUAUGAUUCUCGGGUAAAGGCUAUGGAGGUUGAUGAAAAGCCAACUGAAGAUUACAAUGACAUUGGAGGGCUGGAGAAGCAGAUACAAGAACUAGUUGAGGCUAUAGUUUUGCCCAUGACGCAUAAAGAGCGGUUCCAGAAAUUGGGAAUUCGUCCUCCAAAAGGAGUGCUUUUAUAUGGACCUCCGGGGACAGGGAAAACCUUAAUGGCCCGUGCAUGCGCAGCGCAAACAAAUGCUACUUUUCUGAAGCUGGCUGGCCCACAACUUGUGCAGAUGUUCAUUGGAGAUGGGGCAAAAUUAGUUCGAGAUGCAUUUCAGCUUGCAAAGGAAAAAUCUCCCUGCAUUAUCUUUAUAGAUGAAAUCGAUGCUAUUGGCACAAAACGGUUUGACAGUGAGGUCAGUGGAGAUAGGGAGGUACAGCGGACAAUGUUAGAGUUGCUCAAUCAGCUUGAUGGCUUUAGUAGUGACGAUCGGAUAAAGGUGAUAGCUGCAACAAAUCGAGCUGAUAUCCUUGAUCCUGCUCUUAUGAGAUCUGGCCGAUUGGAUCGUAAGAUCGAGUUUCCUCAUCCCACUGAAGAAGCAAGAGCUAGAAUCUUGCAGAUCCAUUCAAGAAAGAUGAAUGUUCAUCCAGAUGUCAAUUUUGAGGAGCUGGCUCGCUCCACAGAUGAUUUUAAUGGGGCACAACUGAAAGCUGUUUGUGUGGAAGCAGGCAUGCUAGCUCUCCGCCGUGAUGCAACUGAGGUUUUUCUCGCUCCCCUACCUCCCUUUGAGGAAAAAAAAAAUGUGGACAGAGAAAAAUGUCAUGUAUCAUUAUAUGUGCCCUGUGUUGUACACCUGAAAAAGUUGACCAUUCAGUUGUGGAAAAUAAUUUUCAUUUUCCAUUUUAGUUUGCUAAAAUAAUUUCAAAAUGCCUCCUUGUUUUUUCAGUUUUCUAGCAUUUUUACAGAAAGCUUGAAAAAUGCCUUUUAUUGUUAUCCAGCUUCUUAUACAGGUGUUGGAAACCAAGGUGGCAUUUUCAUAAUUAUCUAGAAAGCUAAAAAUGGAAAAUAAAAACUGUUUUCCCUUAAUAGACUUUAAGAGAAGAAGGGGUUUCCUUCCAUAUUUACAUUUGCAAAUAUGUGAUUAGGGGUGUUAAGUGAGUGGGUAUGGGUCAAGAUGGGUAGGGUGAAAAUGGGUUGGGUCAUUUAUGACCCAUUUACCCAUUUAUGACCCAUUUAUAUUAUAUAUUUUACCCAUUUAUGACCCACACCCAUUAAGACAUGGGUCAACCCAUUUACCCAUUUCAUUUUAAAAAAUAGAAAUAAUCUUUGUUUUUUUCUUUGCAUCUUGUAAUAUACUUGUAUAACUUUCAUAAAGGUGUAUUUUGACCCAUUUACACUUAUAGUAAUAGAAAAUGACUCAGUUACCCUUAUAUUUGUUAAAAAUGACCUCUCCCUUUUUCUCUCUCUCUUCCAAAAAUUGACCACAACCAACCCAAAAUACUUCCACGUUGGGCUUGGGGCGAACUGUUACAUUCACGGAAAACACAAAUUCACAAUUACAAGGAAAAUUAAACCCUGUUUAAGUUUUGUGGUGAUUACAAUCGCACAACCAUUGGUGCAAUUAAGGGCAAGCUUUGGAACCAUAUCGUUGAGAAUCGACAAUCACAACAAGGGCCUCAUAUUGAGUGGAGUCUACAAGCCCAUUAUUGAUCCAAAUCAUUAUCAACAUAAUUAGCUGUAACAACCAUAUACCCAUCAGAUGUAUCAAAUGACCAUAAGUCGGAUGUUAAGCAUAUCCUGCUAGGACAUACAUCUAGAUUCCAUAUCAUGCUUAACUUUUUUUCUCUCUUCUAUACAGUUUCACCACAUCAGAUUUAGUUGUGUUUCUUGAAAUAGGUUGAACAUCUAAAUGUAGAUACAAAUGGCUAUCCCUAUUCCCCAUUUCCCCUCAUGCUCAACAUAAGAAUAUGGGUAUCCAUGUCUAACAAUGGCUAAAGCUAACUUCUCACGAUAUAUUUCCUGAUCUAUAGGCCUCAUGAUUUCCCUAGAACUUCCCAUUUCCCUUCUUUGACAACUAUUUAUGUGAUGUAGCAAGUUCUUUGUUCCAUAACCACUAGACACUAUAUAUGUUUGCCCACAGUGCCUACAUCUAGCAUGCUGAGUUCCAUCUAUAGCAACUGGCAACUUUUCAAAUUCAUCCCAAGCUUGAGAAGUGCAUUUUCGAGCAUGUUUUGAUCUACUUUCCAUGCUUUGCUCAAUCUCAAUAUCGUCAGAAGUCUCUCCUUCCAUUGCUAUAAAUGCAUUAGAAUAUCUGAAUAACAUAUGACAAGUUUUCAGGAAAGAUAAAAUAAGAAGAUGAAUAAGAAACUAAUGCUAAUUGGAGUGCAGCCCAUAAUACUAGAUAAAUUUCUAUGAUUACUUAAGAAUCUGUUCAAUUUUUACAUUAGAAGAUUGGAAUUUUAUUCAAUUAGAAGUCGAAACCUAUAGCUUUUCUAACUUAAUUAUAAACAACAGAAAAGCCUUUCAAAACAUAGUUGGUACUUGGUACUAACUAAUAAGAAUUACCAAAUUCUAUUACUCAAUCUUCUAGCCUUUACCACCACCAUUUUUUGUAACUAUUUCUCACAACUGCAGAAAGCCUCAUCACUUGCAUGAAUAUCUAAGCAAGAAUCUUUUUGUUAAUCCCAUGUAAUCUUUUGCCUUCAAAUGAAUGCUAAAAAUAUGAUUUGAGAAAUGAUAGCAGCAAAGCCUUAAAUCCCAAUAGAAGGGUCAAUUAAACGGAUUCUGUUCUGACAUUCUGCUCAAUCCAAGAUAAUAUUCUCUUAAAAUUAGAAUGUUGUCAAUUUUUCUUAAUACCUCUGUUGAAGUCAUCCUAAGUUAAAUCCUCAUCAGCCUCUUAAAAUCAAUUCCAAAAACUAAGGCCCCUAAUUUAGCAUUUUUGGUUAAGUGAUUACAAUACAUCAGUUGCAAUCACAAUGACAGCUCCCUCCCUCUCAUCCUUCCCUGGUAAAGUAAAUAAUAUUUGCCUACCUUUCAACAUCAAAAUGACUUCACUAGGUAUCAAGUGAUGCAAAAAAUAGGUAUACAGGAUGAAUUAAGUGUCCCAUAUCAAGGCCAUUACCAAGAUGAUAGGUGGAUUUCAAUCGAAGUUUCAAACCACUUGGAUUCCAAAAUCAUAUAGCCUCUAUUUCAUGUGGAACAUAGCAGCUCAACUUGGUGCAGAGAGAAACACGAACAAGAAUAUAUCAAAUACGAAGAAAUUCACUUGCAAUCAUUCAGUUAAUCUAGGGUUUAAAAUCCUAGAAUUAAUCUAGGUUUCAAAAUAAACUGCAAGCAUUUAAUUGAAAAUAGAGAGAUGUACCUCAACAAUCUUACAAUGGAAGAGAGCACUUGAAGCUUGAAGCAACCCUAGUUCAAUGAGAAUGGCAGCUGACCACAACUACAAGCCCUCCCUUAUAUAUCCGGCAUCAUAGGAGAGAGAGUAGAUCUAAUCGAGCAUGUCAAAGGUCGAGCAGGAGAGAAGGCAAGCAGUGGGAGUUGGAAGAGAUGAUGAAUCGGCCGUCGAAGCUUGAAGAGUCGAACCAGUUGCUGCUCAAUGUCUCGAGUGACUCAAGUGAGGAGUCUGAGGAGAGGAGUGAGGGCUGAAGAUUCGUGUCUCCAUGGGUUAAGUGGGUAAGUAGGUAAACCCGUUUAACCCGUAUACUUAAACGGGUGACUCAUUUAUUACCCAUUCAAUAAAGAUGGGUAUGGGGUAAAUGGGUAUGGGUUGAUAUUGCCAUGCCUAUAUGUGAUAUGCUAAGAUAAUGACUGCAUUCAGAGGCAAAAAAAUGAUCAGUAGUAACUUGAAAAUAAGUUAGUUCAUUGCACUUUGACUUUGGAAGCUUUUGAACCUAUGUGGGUUGAUUCCCAUUCUGUCACCGUUGUUCAUGCUUAUCAGCGGAUACCUGCUAACCCUAGUACUUAAUUGUAAACCCUUCAUUUGGUUUGUGGAAUCGAAAUUUGAUCCUGAUCCCAUUCCCAUGUUUGGUUUGCAUAAAUAGGGUGGAAUUGCAUUCCAGCGAGGACGCCAGUUCCUCCAUUCAUGGAAUGGUAAUUCUCUUCUUAUUGGUCGGAAUUGUAAGAGGAAGCACCAUCCCAUUUCUAGCACUUUCUCUAAAGAUAAUUGUAAUAAAUUAUAAAAUAAUAAUUAUUAUAAUAAUAAAAAUAACAAUAGUGACAGUAAUACUACAACAAAAUUAAUAUUGUUAGUAAUAUAAUAAUGACUGCAACUGUUUGUGGGUCAGGUCAACUCAAAACUCUAGUUUAUCCAACUAGGUCAGUUUGAGAAAAAAACUUAAAUCGAAGUUGGAUGUGGUUUGGCUGUUUGUGAGUCGGGUAGAACUCAAAGUUCCAAUUGGAUCGACUAGGUUAGUUUGAGAAAAAAACCCAAAACAAAGUUGAACCACAUUGGGUGCUAAGUUCGGUCAAAUUGUCAGUUUAGUUGUUUUUUUGUUUUUUUUUUUUUCAGUAAGGAAAAAAAAUAAUGUGGAAUGGUAUGAUAUUGAAAUUUUGCAAAACACAUGCAAGAUCCAAGGAAAGUAGAUAGUGAAAUUUGACCUGCGAAUUGUUUUUGAUGAGAGAAGUAAUAAUUAGAUGUCAUAACUAAUGUUGCAAAGAGUUUGCCAAACUCAAUUAGUCGCUUUAAGUCUCUUCAGGAAAUAUGUAGAUUAAAUUGGAAGUAGUUUUUUCAUGGAAACUUAGCAGUCGAGGAGUUGAUGUAAUAUGCAACCUUCAGCCUUCUCUAUCUUUAUUUUUUGUUUAUUGAUUAAUUUAUUAAUUUAUUAUUAUUAUUAUUAUUAUUAUUAUUAUUAUUAUUAUUAUUAUUAUUUCUUCCACUAAAUUAGGGUUGAUUUGGAUGGUGGUUUGCAUGCUAAACCUUUCAUGCCCCAUAUGGCCAUAUGCGUUGUUUAUAUAGAAUUUUCAUCCACUUCCCAAUUCAAGUAGUUUCAAAUCAUUCUUUGUCAACGAUUUGUGCCGAGUUGGACAAUUCUGUAAACACUCCUAUUAAGAACACCACCACCACCACCACCACCAGCAGCGUAAAAAACAACAAUAAUAAAUUGUGAUUAUUAUAGUAAUUAUUACUAUAACAAGAAAAUCCAAAUAAAAAUAUCUUCUAUUAUUAUUAAAAACGUAAAAAAAAAAAUUAUGAUCCAGAGAAUGCAGAAUUUUCUAUAAAAAAAUAUAAUGUUUAAUUGAAGUCAAUGUUUUCAAAGGUAAAGGCGUAAAUCAAGGUGUUUUAAUUCUUAAGAUGUGAGGUGUAAGCCUUUGAGAAUUUUAUUUUUAGAUAAAAAUAUGUAGAUUAAUUACAUAUAUUUUAAAAAUAAAGAAAUAAUAAGAAAAUCUCACAAAUAAUGUUAAAAAAAGAGAGUUAAAUGUACUUUGCAAACUACUUGUUGGCCAUUCAAAAAUUGUUAACUCAAAUUCAUGAUGUAAUAAAUCAUGGCAAGAUAUUACUAUACUAUUACAAAGUUCAAAUAUUUUCAUGAUUUAAAAUACAACUCUCAGUUAAUUUGGAAAGGUUGAGGUUCAAGAGUUUUAGAAAUCAACUCAUAUUAUAACAUUACUUUUAAUAAUAACAUGUAGCUGAGAUUUUCAAACCAAAUCUAAUUUGAGAAUCACACACCUAAAAUGUUUAAAGCCUCGAAUAAAAUGGUGCAAAAGGCGUGCCUUUUGUACAAAUGCACAAGUCUAAGUCUUUUUGGAACUUGGUUUUUUAUAUUGAGCCUCAAGGCAUUUUAGGUAUGCCUUGCCUCGAGGCAAGCCUUGAUCCAGUCUUUUUAAGACAUUGAAAUAUAUUUGAAAAAUUACAAAAUUAAAUAAUUUUAUAUUAGGGACAUUUCUGAGAAAUGAUAUGUUUUUUUCUUAUUAUAACCACCAUUGAGUAAUACCACAUAUUGGAAGGGAAUAAAAAUUGCGGUUUUAUUCUGGUUAUUAACCAAUCGCAAUACUCACAUUCCAAGAAUGAUUCCAUUUUAUCUCAAUUUCUUUUGCUAUAUCAAUUUCAUUAUGCAAACCAAACGAGGAGCAAGUAGAAUGCAACUCUGAACCGUGUAAUUGACGAGAGACACACAAAUGAUAGAUAUAUUAUGAUGUCCUUAAAUUCUAAUUGUUUGGGACUCACAUCAGUGGCUGGGCUACUGACGUUUCACUACAUCAAGAUGUGUACUGAAUUUGGUAUUGGCUUUAUAUAAUGAUUCCAGGUGAACCAUGAAGACUUCAACGAAGGCAUCAUUCAAGUUCAAGCCAAGAAGAAAGCAAGCUUAAAUUAUUAUGCAUAGGUUGCUGUCUGGAACCAAAUUUAAACUCAGCACGGAAGGAAGCAAGUUUCAGAGUAUUUGAUUGCUUAGUUUUUUUCGUCUUCUUUUGACAACAUGGUGUGGGAAUUCCCCUCUGCUUGGCAUCCAUUGAUGUUGUUCUUGUACACCAUAGCAAAGCAGUCUACUUAUUGUAAUGUAAACCCCUGAAAUGUUAUAAAUUGGAAAUCUCAGCACUAUUUUGUCCAAA